UUUAGAGGAAGGCAUGUCUAUAUGAUGCCACUGUCUUAAGCUUUUAUAUGCAUUUGAUUAGGAGCUUGGGACAGUUGGCAUUAACAGUUGCAUUGAGGUAGACUUUGAUUUGAGACUUGCACACUAGUUGUAGCUAAAGAAGAAGAAGAAGAAGAAGAAAGCUUGAAAAUUUUUGUUUUCUUUCUUCCUUUUGGGAUUCAUUUUCUUGAGUUGAAGAGAAAAAAUUAUGGGGUAUUGGAAAUCAAAGGUUCUUCCAACAAUCAACAAGGUUUUCAAGAAAGACACUGCCAAGAAAGCUGCUGCUGCUGAAGCUUGCAAGUCCUUUGAUGACUCUAAGGAAGAAAUCAAGAAGGAGUUUGAGGAGAAGAAGACUGAUCUCCAACCUAAAGUUGUAGAAAUCUAUGAAGCUUCAUCAGUUGAACUCAAGACCUUAGUUAAGGAGCCCAAAGAUGCAGGAUUGAAGAAGCACUCUGCUUUGGUUCAGAAGUUCCUUGAAGAGCUUGCUAAGAUCGAGUUUCCAGGAUCAAAACCAGUAUCAGAAGCAUCUUCAAAGUUUGGACCGGCUUACGUAUCAGGUCCAGUUUAUUUUAUAUUUGAGAAGGUGUCAACCUUUAUUGUCGUAGAAGAGAAGGCGAAGGAGGUGCCAGCGGCAGAGGAAACAAGCAGCAAAGAGAAGGAGAUAGUAGUGGAGGAAGAGAAGAAAGAGGGUAUUGCAGCCGAGGCUGAGAAGACUACAGAACUACCAGCUGCUGUGGAAGCAGCAGUAGCAGCUGAGCCACCUGCCAAGGUGGAGGAAGCUGCAGAACCGCCGGCUGCUGCAACCAAGGUCGAGGAAGGAGAACCACCAAAGCCUUGAGAAGAGGAGGAGGUCGGCUGUAUCACAAAAGUUCAUCAUCAUCAUCUCAAGUAAUGCGAUCAUCUUUUGUGAAAAUUAAUGUGUAUACGUAAAAGUAACAAGAAAGAUUUGUUAUUCUUUAUUUGUCUAUCCUUUCUUGUGAUCUUCUCUUUGGAUUUGUUUCUUUCUAUAUGUAUUUCUUCUUUCUCUUCUUUUAUAUUUUGUGAAGUAUUUAUUGUAAUAUUUAUAGUCUAGUGGAGUGGUGGGAAUACUCGGUUCUUUCUC